AUGCUGCGGUGGGUGUCUUUACUUCUCCGUCGCCCUGACGCCGGGGUGCACAGCAUACAUGUCUGCUGCCGCCGCCGCUACCACCAGAAAAGCAGCAGCGUCGCGAAAAACAAUCUUGCAAUGAUGUGUGGGGGGAACACGUGUGGCUCCAGUAAUGGCGUGGGCGACGGUGAGACGAACAAGGACGGAGGGCAGGAAGCAACAUCAUUGCCAUCAGCAGCGGCUGCUGCGCCCCCACCGCCUGACAUGUCAUCUCCUGUAACGCGCCGCCGCCGUAGCAGCAGCAGCAGCAAUAUGAGUGAUUUGCUGCACAUGAUCGCAGAACGUAGACGGCCCGCCAGUGAAACGGCGACGGGGCGAAGGCCUUCAAGGUCCACAAGGGGAGGAGACGCCGUAUUAGCGAAGUGCUUCACCUCAGCCGCCGCCGCCGCCACUCAGUCCGCACGGAAGCAGCGGCCACACGCCCGGCCAGCCGCCGUGCCGGAGGUGAUUCGCGUUGAAAAGACGACGAGUGAGGCAGUUGUCUCAUCCACGCUUUUAGAAAAACUUCGACGCAAUGUGGUGCGUAAGCGGCUCAAUUGGGAACGGAUGCUCGCACAGCACCCACUCCUGCAGCGACUGCCUGUGUGGCGGGAGCGAUCCGUCUGGAGCGCGCGCUUCGCACCAUCAUCGGCUCUUCCUCUGCCGAGUGUUGCGACUACGACGGAUGUAUUUGUCUGCAGCGCACCGACAGGUUCGGGGAAAAGCAGCCUGGUGCCACUUUUUCUGUUGGAAUCCCAUUGGGUGCGACUGCUGCAGCGCAUAGACGCGUCCUGCGCAGUGGCGCAUCAGGAUGGCGUUUGUGUGGAAAAUGCAGCCACGCCGCCUACACCACCCAUGCCCUUUGCCGUUGCCGGCGGCCCUCGCGAGUUUGUAGCGGAGUUUGGGGCAAGUAGCCGUCUCUGUAUUGUGGUGUCGCAGCCCACGCGUCUCGCAUGUGUGGAGCUGGCGAGGUUCACCGCUGCUCUCGUGGCCGCAUCUUCAUCACCGACAGCAGCAGGCACCUCUUCGCCGUCAAGUGAUGUGGCUCAUGUUGGAGGUCGGGUUGGUUACGCCGUUGGUGGUGAUGCGUGCUUCUCAGCAGCCACUGAGAUCAUCUACGCGACGCCGGGCUACAUUGUGAAUGCACUGCAGCACAAGGGCGGGGCGGUGUCACCUACCACGCUCGUCGUUGAUGAGGCACACUGCCGCGACAUGGAGACCGACCUCCUCCUCGCAUGGGCGAAGCAGCAGCUGCAGGAGCAGGGUGCGGGGAAGACGCAACUCCGGCAGCUGCUGCUGAUGUCCGCGACGCUGCCCGUGGAGCAGAUGGUGGCCUUUUUCACAUCGCGGCUCACUGGAGGCGUUGCAGCGACCGGACUCACCCCACAUACACUUUUACUUAACAGAGCAGUGCAGCCGUAUCGGGUGGAGGAGUACUUCAUCGAUGACCUUCCCGACGCUCUUGAGGUCUCCCAGGUGCUUCGCUGGGGCGGCAAGAGGAAUCCACUCGCCGCUGUUUCCGCCUCGACGUCCUCGUUCUCGUCGUCAGGUGCGUUGCCGGCGUAUCCGCUGCUGGACGCACCUGCGCGGCGUGUGAUGGCAUCGUUGGGACACUUUUUCUCCUACACUCGUUUUGCUUCUGACAUUCACUCCCCGCAGGCCCGCAUUUUGGCGCAGUUCUUGCUAUUUAUUCUGCAGAGUCUUGCCACGACGCCGUCUAUGUUGGGGGCGGCAGCGCAGCAGAAGCAGCCGGAGGGUAUUUUGGUGUUUCUCCCGGGCUUUGCGGAAAUGUCGUUGGUGCUGCAGUCGUUGGAGGCGUUGUGCCAGGCGGCGGAGGCAUCCACGUUUUCGCCACAGCGCGCGAGUCCUCCCACGCACGGCGGUGUGAGCAGCAACCGCGGCAACGUCAUAUUUCUCCGGUACGAGCAGUGGUGCUUUUCUGUCGCGCUGUUGCACGCCACAGCCAUUGGAAGUCCGCAGCAGCAGUUGCACGACUCUGCCGGUCCCUUUCCACACCGUAUUAUUCUUGCCACAACCGUCGCGGAAAGUUCCGUGACAAUUCCAAACGUCCGCUGCGUGGUGGACUCUUGCCUGGAGCGACGCUUCUUCACCGACCCCAUCACGGGCGUCAUGCUGCGCUGCACAGCAGUGGCGAGCGCCAGUAGUCUGCGGCAACGCGGGGGGCGCACGGGACGAACGUGCGACGGUGUUGUCAUUCAUUUGGCCCCGCGCCGCCUGUUUCGCCAGGCAGUGGAGGCAAACACCGCGCUGCAGGAUAAGAUGCAGACGUCACACAUGCCCAUGCCGGCUGUUGCAGCAGCGGCGUCAACGCUGUCCUCUUUGAGGCGUGGUACACCGUCGGGUUUUGUGGCACCUGCGCAGACGCUGCCGGAGAGUCUGACGGCAAACGCAGCGGCGGUGCUUCUUCGCGUGAAGUAUUUGUUUCCCGAACGCCCAAGCGUUUUGGUGCGGAAUUUGCCAAGUCCACCGUCUCCAGACUCCAUAGCCCGCGGCAUGGAACAGCUUGUGGAGCUUGGGCUUCUGCAGUUAGCCGCGAGCGGGGCCGAUGGCGCGGUUCAUGAAGGUAGCAGCAAUGAGGAUGAUGCCGAUAAGCAGCAGAGUAACACGUGGAACGAAGCGGAGGAUGCAGACGACCACAUGCAUGCCGCGCUGUGUCGCUACGAUGGCGCCAGUCUUACCGCAAAGGGGGAGUUUGUGGCGUAUCUUCCGAUCCCGCACGAGCAGGCGUUGCUGGUUUAUUACGCCUUGCAGUUUGCGUGUGUUGAGGAGUCUCUUCUCGUCGCCUGCGCCAUGACGGUGCCAUCGCUGCUGAUGGUCCCACGCAUGACGGUACGGGGCGGCAAUUCGCAGGCGGGUACACCGGCGCUGCAGUACCUGCAAUCCCUGUUGGCUCAGCGUGAACUGGCGGCAGUGGGACGGGGCGGAGAAGAAAGCGCCGACACCGCCGCAAUCUCCGGGGAGGAGCGAAGCGGCUGCCAUCUCAGUGAGCCGCUGAUGCUGCGCUCGCUGCUGCGUGAGUGGUACGCCUGCCACGACAGCAGCGACGUCGUGGCAUUUCACGCCAAGUACCGCCUGAACCGCAGCGCCAUCCGCCUUGUGGACGGCUGCGUCGCACAGUGCGCCGCCCGUCUCUACCACCUCUUUGCAGUGGACGCGAACCCACCUGACGACGCGGCGGAACUACACGGCGAGUACGACACGGCCGUGCGCCGGCCGAGCACGCAGGCGGUGGAGCAGCUUAUCACCUCCGCCUUUCCACGGUCGUACCGGGCACUGUUGGCAGGCUCCCUGCAGCGAUUGCACUGCUGCGCCUUGGACCACGCCGCCCACCGCUUGUCGCCAAGGAGCUGCACGAUGACGCACUGGUACCCCCACGACAAGCAACUCAUCCGACUGCUGCAGCCGUCGGCGCAGGGCGGGGGGCGAAAACAAGGACGCGAUGGAAAACGCCAGAACGGUCCCACGAUGAUUUUUGGUGCCUUUCAGCACCGUCUGAGUGCGGCAUUUGUCGCCGCCUUUGCCCGCAACACUAUGCGUGGCGAGGAUGGGUCGCAUCGCGUGCACUACCGCCGACUCGUGCGCAACCUCGGCGCCCUGCAGGAGGAGGAGGAGAAUAUCUGCUCCUUCACUGUUGAGCUGCACGCGCAACAGCCGCAGGCGGGGGGGCUCACUCAGGCAACACUGCACGAACGACUUACGCCGGAGGAGCUGCACCGUGUGCUGGUGCCGUACCUAGCAGACACGCAUCUGCGUCAGCUGGACCUCUUCGCCAGUGGACGUUCUGCUGUGGCGUGCUUUGGUGCCGAGGAGGUGAAGGAGCCUGCACUCGCAGAAGAUGCUUUGGCCCCGUCUGUGCAGCAGGAGGCACGUUCACAGCAGCAGCAGCAGCUUCUGCUUGCACCGCAAGUCCUGCCAUUCGAACGCGCCGUCAAGUCUACUACUCCCGCGGUGAUGCUGGCGCACAUUGGUAUUAGUCUGCUUGUGGCGAUUCAAAGCGUCCUCACGCGUCUCACGGUGCUGCUUCCACCAGUAACUGUGCCGGGUAAGCAUGACAAAGGCAGUAGCACUGGGGGCAGCAGCAGCAGCAGCAGCAGUAAUCAUAAUAGUGACGGUGGAGGGGGUGAGGGUGGCACACGAGACUGUUCCACGCCGACAAGGACGGUCUCCGGCGCUGUUUCCAGCACUUAUCGUGGGAUUCGCUUCGCCUCGGAGCAGGCGGCGGGUGAAGCGCCGUCAAACGUGCGUGUGACUUGGUACGACAACUACGGACACAUGUGUUCCCUGCUGCUGAGCGAUGUGCGGCGUGCGGGGUACGAGGAACUCUUUCCGACGCCCUCUGAGGCCGCGCCUGAAGACGCAGCGAACGUUCACGGGGGCAAUUCUCCUUCAGCGACGAUGGGACGGGUUUUAACCUCCUCGAGCUGCACUGAGACGGAAGCGAGAUACGACGAUGCGGCAGAUGCGGAGGAAAAUGUGAUGUUGAGUGUGCAACGCGUCGCGUACACCCGCGCCGUGUACUGGAAGGUGACGCUGCCGGCAGUUCGGGUGGCAGCCAAGCGGUGUUGCUCGGGACAGGCACGAACGUCAUGCACAACGAACACGGCAGCGACACCUGCACCCGUGCCAGGGGGUGAGUUUCACUACUGUUGGGUGUGUCACAGCGCCUUGAUGCAGCACGGGGCCUUCCUGGCUCACUGUCGCUCUGUAACGCACCUUAGUCGACUUGCCUUUGCUGUGCGCCACGGCAUGCGGCGUGACUGGGUGGAGGCGUUCAGCAACGGCACACCGUCGCACCUGCUGCUGCGGCAGAACGAGAGUGAAGGCGGUGGGAUGGGCAUGGAGCUCCGGCGCUGCAGUGUGUCGCCGACGUCGUUUAUGAACGCUCUGCAGCUGCAGCCGCGCAGUGAUACGGCGGUCGCCACGAUGCCCAUCGCCAUUGCGGGUUCACUUGUCGCGCAAACAACGGCGGCACAAGACGCGCCAAGUGCAUCAAUGCUUGGCCCUGGGGCAAAUUUGCAGGCGCUGCAUGUCUGGGUUCUGGACGCCGAGACGAAGGCUGCCGUGCCUGCAAACGCCUCAAUGGGCCCACACACAGUCAACUCCCUGCCCUCCUCUGUGUUUGUGCUGGCUGGUUACCUCGCAGCCGCCUCCACAGGCUUUGAGGCGGCGCUGCUGAUGAAUGAAGACCACUCCCGGGUGUAUGCCGUAAUGCUGCACGACUGGGGUGUGUGGCGCCUGCCGGCGCCGCUUACCCGCACGCAGCUGCGGUGUGUUCUGGAGGUGUUUGCGGGGAAACCAUGGCGUGGUGUACCCGUCGUCUCCGAUGAUGUGGAGGGUGAUGCUGACUGCAACGGUGUUGGCGUCGCGGCUGCGGCCGGCGUGAGGGUAGGCGGUACGCAUUGGUGCAUCGCUUCCGACCUCUGCCCGCAGUGCACGUACUGUGGCAGCGGCUGCAAUGCCGCUGAGAAGCGGCAGCAACGGCAGAAUGUGUCGUGUGAUGACACGCCGUCCCCGGCGGAGGUGGUGGAGGGCGCGCUGCUGAUUGUGCUGCACGAGUACAAAAACUCGCAGCGCAGCGUUAUCAGCUUCGCAGACUACGUGCAACGUGUAGUGGCAAAACUCAACGCAUGGUCCGCCGCACAGCAACGCCAGCAUGAGCAGCAGGGGAGUACCGCGACGCGUUUAGGCCGGCAGUUGGCAUCGAACCAAACGGCGGAGGGGGGCGGCGGGGCGGAGUUGCUUGCGCGGUUUGUGACGCGGCGACACAAUCAACCCCUCGAGUCGCUGCUGCGCGACAUUGGCUGCCAGUUCCUCACCCCGCCGGACUUCUUCCUGCAGACGGCAGGCAAGCAGCCCAUCUCGUCCACAGUGCGGUCCAACGACACGCACGUGAACCGCACGGUGUCCUUCAGCGCGAGUGCGGCGGUGGCGGCGGAGGGAACCACAACAGAGAAAUUAUUUCUUCUUCCAACCGUCUUGCCGAGUUAUCUGCCGUCGCCGGAGUUUGCCGCACUGCUGCGACGCCACCGGCGACGCAUACGACAGGCGUCCGGCGAUGGUCUUUCGGCCACAAACGCGGAGGGGCUGGGUGUGGCGACCAACCCCCAGCCGACGAAGCAACAACCGCUAUUUUAA